UCCCAAUGUUAAUUAAAAAUUCCAACUAUAUCAUGCUGAACCGUUCCUCAUCCAAAUCAACGUCAAGUUGCGAUGCAUCUAUUACGAAAGGUUCAAAGACGAACGAAACCUCGCAGUUAAAUAUUGAACAUUUUGUUCACCAAAUUCUAGGUGAAAACUGCUCCGUUUUAGGAGCUGUAACGACAAAGGCAAUCUAUCAGGCAGUUUGUAUUGAAGAUAAUAUCGAAUGGAAAAUACUUGGCAAUGAAGUUGUGGUUGCCUUAUCUUGGGAACAUAAGAGUUGCACCGACCAAUCGAAAAGAGCUCAUUUUCAUGGCAUACUUGUUUCCACAGGAAGAAUAAUUGUUGAAGAAUAUAUCUCUGACAAUUCUGUAUAUGAAGUUUUUUCGAACACAUUUCAUGCUUAUAGAACAAACCAAUUGCAGGUGAAUUCUGUCUUUGGCAUUCACUUUGCAUCAUCCACGGAUGCACAGUACCUUGCAGAAGUCUUUGAUAAUGUAUUGGCUCUAGAAUUGCACAGAAAGACUUGGUCUGUUGACAUUGUUGCAGAACAACUUUUGAAUCAUAAUUCAGAUGCCUCAGGUUCCCAUUUUACAGUAACUACUUCAAAAUUACACAGAGAUGAAACAAACCGCAGAGCAAUAGAUGAAUCAAAUCGUCGUGAUUCGUCUCGUAAACAAAGGAGACCGCUUUCAUCUUCGUCGACGGUACAUUCGGAGACCUCAAAUGGUACUCGACAUAACUGCCAUCUCGAAAAAGGGCAAAUUGAUUCAGUCUGCCACCCAAAUCCUGAUAGAGGUCUUCUCAUUGAAAGCGACUCGAAUGCCUUUCUACGACAUCAGCAAACGACAUCAGAACACAGCUGUCAACAAGAAAUGGUUUUUCCAGUAUCGCAACCAACAUCAAACUUUGUUGAUCAAAGUGUAAUAACUUCAAAAAAAGACAUCUCACUGGAUAGACCAUUUCCUUAUGAACAGAGAAAUUCAGUCGGACAAUUGAGUCAAAUUCCUAUUGAUAUAUCUCGAUGUACAGUUUCGGAAAAAUAUUCGUUGAGGGGUUCGAGGCAAAGUUUCCAACUACAAAAACACGAUAUUUCUUUGCUAUCAACAGCAUGCAAGGCACAUUCUAGCAUCAGCAUAGCGAGUAACAAUUCAAACCAAGAAAUGCAAGUAAAUAACUCGAAGAAUGAGUCUGACACAAAGGUGGAAUGCACUAGCUGUGUUUACAGCGAGGAUAGCAACUCUUUUCAACAGACCAUUUCCAGUUCAACUGGCAAAAGCAAUCGAGUGACACAGAAACCAGAAACCAAGCUGCCACCACAAAUUGUCUACGAAAACCUUCUGGUUGAGCUAAAUCUAGUCUCACACGAAAAGAUUCAAGAGUGCAUUCAAAGUAUCCUUAGAGAAGGGCUCUCCAACAGGUCAACAAAUAAUUUUUGCAGGAGUCAAAAGUUGGCAAAGAUUUUACAUCAAAACAAAUAGGCAAUUAGCUUAGAAAGCAAUCUUUAUCUAUUAUGUUGCAAAUUUUCUUUGAAUAUUCAUGUUAUCAAGUUAGAUAAAUACUUCUUGAUUUCG